AUGGUCGCAAGCUCUCGGACCUCGAACCUUCCACAGAAAGCUAUCAUCCGAUUUCCGCUGCCCUACAAGAUCGGCGAGGAGCACUAUCCCGGGAAUGUUGAUGAGAAGCUUCGUUGCGAAGCGGCAACAUAUGCUUGGCUUCAAUCCCAUUGUCCUGCUGUCCCCACCCCGCGUCUUUUGGGCUUCGGCUUUCCUGGCGGUCAUUCGUUCACAGCACUCAAGAAUGAAUCCUUCUUCAAUCGACUGCUAUGGUAUUUUCGCUACGGUAUUUCAUGGAUAUCUGGGUCGGAGCUGUCUCCUUACUUCGUCCAUCGCCGGCAGAAUCUCUUUGAGCUUGGAUAUCUGAUCCUCGAAUUCGUGAAUGAAGGCAGAAUGUUAUCUGAGUCGUGGGAAGAACAUCGAUUGGACCCAAAGCGAAGGUCAAAUCUGUACAGAGGGUUAUCGCAGAUAAUGCUCAACCUUGCAUCCCAGCCGCUAUCACGAAUUGGUGCUUGGACAAUCAACAAUCAGGGUUUUGUAUCUUUGACAAACCGUCCCCUUACACUUUGCCUUCACCAACAGGAGAAUCUCGGGAUACGGACUGCGAUGUCACGACAGUCUACAUACACGUCAGCCGCAUCAUAUUACCUGGAUCUUAUGGCUUGUCGGGAUAAUCUUGUUCGACACCAGCCUAAUUCGAUUCACGACGAUGAUGACGGAAAAGCGCAGUUAGCAGCCUUAACAACUAUGCGAGCACUUCUCCCAAAAUUUGCAGAUCGGCCGAGCCGUGAAGGCCCCUUUGCACUUUCUCUUACUGAUCUUCACCAAAGCAAUAUCUUUGUUGACGACGAUUGGCACAUCACCAAGAUCAUCGACCUGGAAUGGGCAUGUGCGCGCCCAUUAGAUAUGCUUGGCCCGCCAUCCUGGCUCUCCGGUCGAUCUCUUGACGAGAUUAUAUCCCAUCUGGAAGAAUACACUGGAUUACAUGAGGAGUUUCUCAAAAUUUUCAAGGAAGAAGAAUGGAGUGGUUACCACUCGAGCGAACGUACCCAGCUGCUUCAGAAGUCUUGGGAAACUGGCGCCUUCUGGUAUUUCCAGGCGUUGGACUCCCCAAGCACAUUAUUUGAUCUUUUCACAGACCAUAUUCAGCCGAGAUUUGCGGAGCUCGACGGCGUCUCACGCCAGGAGUUCAGUUGUGCUAUAGCGCCCUACUGGGAUUUUGGGACUCUCAAGUUUAUUGCUACUAAGGUCAAAGAACAAGAAGAGUACUCUCAGCAACUCAGAGAGAUAUUCCUCGCUGCUAAUGCUAUGCGAGAAGAAUGA